GUUGUCGAUAUUGCAAAGCGUGUGAGCGCCUGUGUUUAGUUGUUAUUAGAAUUUCAGUCUUUUUGAUUUUAUUUAUGCUUUUGGCAAAACAUUAAGCUUAUAAGAGGGCUGAGAAAUUGUCAUUCUGAAGAGUGUUUGCAUUGAUAACGUGCGUAUUGGGGCAUUUUCCUGCAUAUCCAUUAUCCUGGGCUUGUAAGUUGUCCUGAAGCCAAGUCCUUUGCUUUGGAUUAAAUGCUGAUAAAGAUAGAUUAGUCAAUUAAUGCCCAUUAAAUGCCAAUCAAUUUUAAUUUGUGAAAUUAAGGUGUUUAUGUUGACCAGGGUGUCAUGCCUGAAUUCCGCACUGACUAGUGACUACGUACCAGCGGCAACGGACAACGGUUGUGUGUGUGGUGACGGUCUCCGACCACCCGCGCACGCACCAUGGAGUGCGCCACAAUCUCUGAGCUGGCGGACAGUCUCUCCACGCGAUUCGAGACGGCCAAGACGGCGUUCCGGCUGCAUGUCAGCGCCGGAAGAGACGCCGAGGAGGUGUCCGAGAUGAUGGCGCACGUGACGGACAUCCAGCGCGGCCUCCGCGACCUGCGAGCUGCCGUCGACCAGGAGAAGGCCCACCUGGAGUUCGCCCAGGCGACGCUGGCGUCGCUGCGAGUCGAACGGGCCCGCGUCGAGCACCUGAUGACCAACCUGCCCUCCCGCCUGCCGAGUCUGCAGGCGGAACAGAAGGCGGCGGCCAACUCGGCGGCUCAGACCAAUGGAGGAGGAAAGCCCGCGUCUGGCUCGAGCCGUCCCGGCACUGCCACGUCGUCUAACGGGGAGAAGCCAGUGCCAUCUAUCGCCUACCUGACAGUGGACGAGUUCAACGUUGUGCCUCAGUAUAUGCGUGGCAGAGGCACCCGCGACCAAUCCAACAAACUGCUGGAGGAGCUGAACUCUGUGAUCGCGGCCCGGUAUGCGCUGAUGCGACGACCCCGCUCAGAGCUGUCCGGAGCGCAGAGGAAACUCUGGAUGGAAUGCAAACGGGAGGAGAACCCCAAAACGAAAGGGAGUUUGUUUUUCACCGAGGAGGACUUUAAGCGGUUCAAGAAGUCGUCUCUGAGUAAGGCGAUGCGCCAGCUGUUGGUGGUGCUGCGACAUGUCGGCAGGAUCUCCUCGCUGAGGGAGGGCGGCGCAGUCGUACGGCACGUGCUCACCUGAAUUACAGCUGUGACGUCAUCGAGGGCGGCGGGGGUCUGGGAUAAGGAGUGGGGAGGGGCGGGGUUGGAUUCAGUGGACUGAAAGCGUCAUUGAGAGUUGUAGCUUGUAGCGAUGAGGAAUAAGUGUCAUGUGUGGGUUUUGAAUGCGUCGAGGAGAAUAACCCAGAAAGUAGAAAUACUGGUCCAUCAGCCAUCCACGCCUCCACGGUCAGUCUGUGGCUGGCGUACUAUCUGAGUGAUCUGGCGCCGAUGGUAGCCGGCUUUGUGAAGUCACUGGUAGUUCAUACACCGUAGCUAGUCGUUGGUCAAUUCAGUGGCUGAUGCCAUGCUUACGCGGGACUACAUCUUUUCUGAACACAUAGGGAGCAGCAGUUGUCAAUUCAACUCAAUUUCUCACCGAGUGGGAUUGGCAAGUGCAGCUGGUGAACCGCCUUGGUGAACUUUUUUCGCUUAGAUGUCAGACGCGCUAGGGUAAAACGGAGGGACCAAGCUGCAGUGACCUGAAGUCAAUGUCAAUGUGCGGGAAUGCGUGAGAAUGUGUGAACUAGCCAAUAUGCGAGAUCUGUGCAAGAGGCCUCUGGGCGUGGGAGCUGGGAUGCGCUAGGUUGGUACUACGAGCAUGUGCUCUUCCUGUGUCGUGAAUAUCGCAUUCUGAUUUACAUGUC